GGCUGGGAAUUGAUUGACUCUGUCCACAUCUUUUAUGUAUUGUACAUUAUUCUGAAACAGAUACCUCUAUUAAAUUGAAGUCGGGAUAAUUAAGCAUUUUUUUUGUUUACUGUUGCCUUUAUUCAGCAGUGAAGAUGGUUAGUGUUCUGACAGCAAGUGUUUAUCAGGAUGGGGAGACCAUUACCGGCGAGCCUAGUGGACCGGAGGAAACCAAUGCUGAAACCCAGGCACGGUGCCGGGAUGAUUAUCCAAAGGAUGACCGCUCUCGAAGCAUCGUCUGGAGGAACGUUAUUCUCAUGGUCCUCCUGCACACUGGGGCUGUCUAUUCUCUCAUCGUUAUACCCCAAGCACAACAUCUUACCUGGAUAUGGUCUUACGUUUGCUUCAUCGUCACUGCCCUGGGAGUGACUGCGGGGGCCCACCGCCUGUGGAGCCACAGAUCCUACAAAGCCAAACUCCCCCUAAGGGUUUUCCUCGCUGCCGCUAACUCCAUGGCGUUCCAGAACGACAUUUUAGAGUGGGCACGAGAUCACCGCGUGCACCACAAGUGCUCGGAGACAGACGGCGAUCCCCACAACGCCACGCGAGGUUUCUUCUUUGCCCACAUCGGCUGGCUGUUUGUGCGGAAACACCCUGCUGUCAUAGAGAAAGGCAAAAAGCUGGACCUCACCGACCUUCUGGCAGACCCUGUCGUCCAGUUUCAGAGGAGGUACUACAAGACGUCAGUGUUGAUCAUGUGUUUUGCUCUCCCUACCCUGGUGCCUUGGUAUUUCUGGGGAGAGAGCCUGUGGAACUCUUACUUCCUGGCCUGCAUCCUGCGCUACACCCUUUCCCUCAACGUCACCUGGCUCGUCAACAGCGCCGCACACCUGUAUGGCAACCAGCCCUACGACAAGACCAUCAACCCACGAGAGAACUGGUUUGUCACUUUUGGAGCUCUUGGUGAAGGAUUCCACAACUUCCACCACACCUUCCCGUUCGACUACUCCACCAGUGAGUUUGGUCUGCGUUUCAACCCCACCACUUGCUUCAUCGACCUCAUGUGCUUUCUGGGCCUGGCCGACAGCCGCAAGAAGGCCACUCCGCAGAUAAUACAGGCCCGCAAGCUAAGGACAGGAGAUGGUAGUGCCUGAGGACACCUCCGGUGGUGGAGGGUGGGGGGGUGGUGGAGUUACUGAAAAGAAAACGUGAUGUUUUGUACCACCAUUCAUCAAAAUUCUGUCACAUUUUGUUCUGACAUAUGGAUUAGCUGUUCCUUUUUCUGUCCUAAAAUGAAUUAAGAUGGGGUUUUACUUUUAACUAGGUGCAAAGGGGUUGGAUUUGGUUUUUAAAUAGUUGAAAUAGCCGGUUGUCGAGCAGGUGAUUGUGAGUCAGCUGUUGCUCUCAUUGGCUCAGAGCCCAGCUCUCACUAAAGCCCCCAGAGGAAACGUUAGGUAAAUUAGAGGUAUGAAAUCAAAGUGUGACCUCUGUUGCGUUGAUGUUUCCGUUGAAUAUGAUUGAUUAUGAGCCGGUGCGGUUUUUCUGCCUUACCGUUUAUCAGAAUGUAUUUGCAUUGAGAUUCCUGUUCAGGUCAUGGUAGUAUGUUUAUCUAUUGUCUGACAAGACGACAUCCAUCAUUCAGGCUCUGAACCAUUCACAAGACAAGCCUGAAAGAAGGUUGGAAGGAAAUUUGUAUUGAGCAUUGUGACCAAAUUGAUGUUAAAUUUGAAUAUGAUGAUAAUUCAAUGUUAAAAUAAGUGGAGGACUAAUUGACUGUGCUAUGGAACAGAUAUUCAUUUUGUCAGCCAGAAUGUCUUCAAAUAGCUUUUAGCGCUUUUACCUAUGUUUCCAACCAUGUUUCUGAAAAUCUCUAAAUGGGAAAAUCGUUGUCAUAUAAUAACGUACAAAGACAGAUUAUUUCUACAAAUGGUGUAGUAAAUUGACAUAAUGGGGCCAGUCAGAGAAACUGGAUUUGGUGAGUUCUUACUACCCACUAGUAGUAAUUAUAUUAUUAUAGACUGCAUGUGCAUUAACACAGUUUACGCGUACGAGUCAUGUAUUCCCUCCUCCGUUUUGCCCUCAACACUUUCCCACUGCUCUCAGGUAUUCCAGCCGUGAGUGUUUGUGUGUCACAUGUGGGAGUUGCUCAGACAAUGUCAGAUGUAUGUUGGGAAAAUAUUCUUCUAUAACGUUGCCAUUUAGUGCUUCUUCCUAUGCUGUACUAAUUUAUAUCAAAACAUGUAGUGAGUUGAGCUUGUGUGUUAUAUGCCCGUGUCCCACUCAAAGUUAGGAUGCUAUGUAUGGAAUGACUGUUUGUAUACCUUAACUGUCUUGUGUGGGUUUUUUACUGUGUCUGGAUGAAUAUACGCUUAAAUAUAUAUUGGUUUAGAUAAUUGUUAUAAAUCACAUCGUCUCCCACGUCUUUCUUCUGUCCUCUACGCUAAGCAGGGUUGACUUGCUUAGCCCAAAAUGAAGCCUGCACAGCCAAACUGUCACUAUGAUUGUGUAAACUGCCGACGAUCACAUGACAGCGAUCAGUUAGCUGUCAACUCCGG